AUGGUUUGUGUAUUACUGUUGUGCCAUUGUGUGGUUGUGUUUUUAUAUCUCCUCAUCUUCCUUAUCUCAUACACUGAACUGCAAUCACUAAACACUUGACUGCAAAAUGGCUGCUGCAGCUGCAACGACUGCAUCGAUAUUGUCUGGAACCCGGUCUGCUUCGACUAGUGCUGAAACUCCCUCUGCAUCAAACAGAUAUACUACAAGUUUUAGGGGAACUUCAUUGAGAAGAUAUGAUUCGAUUAGGAGGAGGUUAAUUAAGAGUAAUGGACGAAUCAAUGCUGCUGCUACUGUUGCAACUGCUUCUGUUGAACAAGUUAAAGAAUACGCCCUCCCUACAUGGGCUCAAUUUGACCUGGGCCGAGCUCCAGUUUACUGGAAAACAAUGAAUGGUCUUCUUCCCUCUUCUGGAGAGAGAUUGAGGAUUUUCUAUAAUCCAGCUGCCAACAAGCUUACUCCCAAUGAAGAAUUUGGAAUUGCCUUCAAUGGAGGAUUCAAUCAGCCUAUCAUGUGUGGUGGUGAGCCGAGGGUCAUGCUUCAGAAAACACGAGGACAAGCUGAUCCUCCUUUAUAUACAAUCCAGAUAUGUAUUCCUAAACACGCGCAUAGUUUGAUCUUUUCAUUCACAAAUGGAACUGAAUGGGAUGGUCCCUAUAGACUCCAAUUUCAAGUUCCAAAGCCUUGGCGAAACAAGCCAAUUGAAUUCUUUACAGAGGGCCUUGCGGAGGAGUUGAGUAAGGAUGGUGCAUGCGACAGAGCAAUCUUUCCCGACGCAAACACAGUUAUCACAACUUGUGCUGUGGUUGGUAACUUGACUAUUGAAGGCGGUGAUCGUUGCAAUCUCAAUCUGGUGCCAGGAUGCACCGACCCAAGCUCACCAUUAUACGAUCCACUCGCGAACGUUGAUGAUGGAUCAUGCCCACCCUACUCAGACUCCGAGGAUUAGAUUCAAACAUAAGCAUUUCAUUCCAUAUAUGAUCAGAAUUACGCUUUACAGUUCAUGCAGUUUCUCAGUUGCAGUAACCAAACAAAGAUGGCUGUAAGUAUCUUUGGCCCCUGAUAUCGAGCUUCACAGAUCUUAUCUGUUUAUUAUAUAUGAGUUUAUAAUGUACAUACAAAAUGUCAAAUAUGUUAUACUUGAAGAACGCAUUAUGCUGUACAUCUUUUACGAUGGUAAACACGGAUUGUUUAUCUAUAUGCAGUAUAUAAAUUGUUAUGCAGCAAA